CGUGGAGGGUGAUGGGUGUAUCUUGGAUGCUGUGGGUGGGGCCCGGAGGUGUCGGGUGGGACCUGGAGGAUGGCGGGCAGGGCCCGGAGGAUGAUGAGCAUGGGUUGGAUACCGUGGGAGGGGUCUUGGGCGGGGCCUGGAGGUGUCGGGUGGACCGUGGAGGACGUGGGGCACGCCUUGGAUACUGUGGGUCCCGAAGGUGUCGGGUGUGGGCGUGGGCGUGGUUGGAAAGGUGAUGGGCGCGUCUGUGGGUGUGGCACGGAAGGGGGGAGGCCGCGGGGCCCGUCCCGUCCCUGGCCGAGACGGUCCCUCCCUGCCGUCCGGUCCGCAGGGAGAGGGACCGUGGAGGUGAGCCCGGCCUCGGACACCAGCCCGGGCCCCAGCCCGCCGCCCCCCGGCUCCGCCACGGCGGGCCUGGCCUCCGCCCCGCCCUGGGCCGCGCUGCUGGAGCCCCUGCUCACCUACGGCAUCCCCACGCUGGCCGGCCUGGCCCUGGCGCUGACCCUCUGCGGGGUGGUCAGCGUCCAGCUGCGGAGGAGGAAGAGGUCGUCCAUCCCCCCCAUCACCACCACCGGGAUCGCCGAGGGGGCCGCCGAAAACCUGGAGUGCAGCUACAUGCCCCCUGACAGUGAGGCCCAGCCCGGGGUCUCCCCAGACCCCAUCUCAGACCCAAACCAGCCCCCCCCCAAUGGCAGCUUCCACCCUCGGGAGCCCUCGGCCCAGGAGAGUGGCGAGCACCUGGCCUCGGCACCCCCGCUGGGCAGCCUGGGGGAGCUGAGCCACGGCGUCCCCGUGCCGGCCACGGAGCUGGGGGCCACCGUGCUGGUCACCACCAAGACCAUCCAGGAGGCCGGGCAAGGCCUCAGGCCCCUGUGAAGGGAACCGAGGUUGCGGGCCGCUGCCCCCGCCCGUCCCCGCGGCCUCUGCCCCUCCUCAGGAUGCCCAGCCGGAACCCAGCCUCGCUCUUCUCUACACAGACCUUCCUUCCCAGAGUCUCCCUCCCAGGGCCCCAUCCUGCUGGGACCACAGGAAGCGGGCGGAAAUUGCAGCAAGGGGAAUUUUGAUGAGCCUAAAGGAGAUCGUUAUGCCCCGGAACGGACUUCAGAGGAAGUUAGGGAGCCCUCGUCCCCGGACAGCUUGAAAAUGAAGACCGGGCGCCUGCCGCUCCAUUCGCUUGCUUGGAGGCCGGGGGCUGGACCAGGUGACCCCCGAGAUCCCCCUCCAGCCCUUGGACGCAGCGAAGCUGAGAGAAGAGGGGAGGAGGUCAGGGAGGGGCAGGGACUCAACUCAGAAGCUGGUCGUGAGGCGAAUGAAGGCGAGGGGGUGUGGCUGUGAGGGCAAGAAGAUCCCCGGCUGGCCCUGGGACCUCGGGUGGGGAGGCCUGCCCGACGAGGAUUUGGAGCAUCUGCAGGGACGGGACUGGGGCCUUUUGGGGUCUGUCUCUAAUUUGGCCCAGUUGGGACCCCCACAUGGACCAAGGGGCAUUUCCUCUCUGGGAGAAGAGGCGGCGGAGCGGGAGAGUGACCUCGGGCACCGAACCGCUUCACUCCGAUCCCCACCCGCGGUCGAAUUCAGUAGCAGGGGCCGGGGGCAGCCUCUUAACCCUUCUCCCUGUGGCGGGGGGCACGGAGGCCCUUGCUGCCUGCCGGGCAUCUUUACCGCCUUCGCAGCGGCCACAGGAAACUCUGGGUCAGCCCCGCAAGCAUCCGGAGACAGGGAGCCUGGAGGGCCCCUUCCAGCUUUCAAUUGGCCACAACCGGUCCGGGGUCAGCCUUUGACCAGCAGAGAACCCCCGGCCAGCUGGAGCCCCACGGGGAAUGAUGCAUUAAGGGAUCAGACCCACCUGGACUCAGCAGCCCCCAGCUCACCACCGCCCGGUCAUCUGGCUCCGGACAGGACCCCCAUCCCGGCUGGCUCCAGUGAAACACUGGACAAGAAAGAAGAGGCAGGAGCCUUUGGUCUGGGCCUUCUCCCUCUCCUUCCAGGCACUCAUUCCCCGCUCCAUCCUGGGACUCCCGGGCGAUCCAUGUGGACACUCACUCCACCUGACUGAUGGCCCUCAACUCCUUGACCUGGAGCAGCCCAUCCUGCUCAGUCUAGCCCAGCACCGGCCACAUCUUCUGGUGCCAGACCAGGCCAGAAGAAGACACAAAGGGAAAAGCUGCGAAAGGGGGUCUGGGGUCUGUGGGGAUGGCUCUGGGCCAGGUUCCCGGCCUCCUCUCCUGGAGUCCAGUGAGGUGCUGCGGCAUCCUGAACCUCUGAGGGUUCCUCAGGAUGGGGCAAAGGAGAGCAGGGGCGGGAAACCCAGAAGCAGAGCAGACCCCACAGCAGUGGUGUGGGUAACGAAGAUCUGAGGCCAGGACAUGGUGGGUCAGGGAGAGGGCUGGGCACUAUGCCACCUUCCGGCAUGGGUGCCUGGAAAGUUCUAUCCUUCUACCCAGGCUUCUCUGCAAAACCUCUCCCGGGUAACCGACACCUGAGCGUGUGUAGGUGAGGGAGGUGACAAGUCCUUUGGAGCAUAAUAAAGUUCUAUCUUGAAAGUUUCCCUGA